CCAACACUCCCUUGCUCCUGCUCCUGCUCGAGGAGUCGGCUGGACAACGGAGUAAGCUGCCACCCAUUUUUGGAAAUGUUUACUGGGCUGCACCGUCCGUCCGUCAAGGAAACCGCUAGAACGUGCUCGAGGGAAUAACUGCUCCCCCGGCUGUCUUCAAUAGUUGUGACACCUUUCAACGGCAACUUUAUUGUGCCUUCGGUAUGGCCCAAGCAAAGAUCCAGGCGAAAAUGAACGAAGCGAAAGGAGGGUUGUUCAGUAGAUCUAUGUCGAUGGCCGAUCGUUCUUCGCGACUUUUAGAGCAUAUGGACCAGCUUGAGAUAAGGGUGGAGACGCUAAGAGAAGCAGCCACUGCAAUGGAACAAGAAAGGGAGUGCUUACUAGAGAUGAUUCAGUCCUUACAGAGCAGUCAGGAAAUGCGCUCUAUCUCUGAUGGCGAGAGAGAGGAGCUUACUCUGACAGCCGACCGUCUCAUGGGAAGGACACUGACGGUCAACAUUUCUGUGGAUACAAUUCGUAACCCCCAACAAGAGGAUGCUCUGCAAAAAGCUAUGGCGCUUAUCGAUGACAUCGCCAAGAAGGUGCUCGAGGAUCUGGAGGGCGCACGGAAUAGGCUGAUGGCGCUGCACGCAGCCUGCGUGACGGAGGCACCUCCUGUGCCCAUCGAUCAGAAGUUCCAGACCAUAGUGAUUAGUUGCGCUCUGGAGGACCAAAAAAAGAUCAAAAGACGACUGGAAACCCUGAUCAGGAACGUGGGCAAUGCUGAGAAAAACAUCAAGAUUAUGGAUCACCAGAAUGAGUCGAAGUCGAAUGGCAAAUAGUUCUGCAUAAAGAAAAGAACAACACAAAUUCCUAAUACUAGUGUUUAGGCUACUUAACUGUACACACAUCUAGUUUUAAAUACCAAGUGAGUCCCGUAUAAAGACGAAACACGCCCUCCUAUUAUGGUUACGAAAGAACAAGUACAUUCCCAUUAGGCUUUUAAUAGCACCGAAUUGACGCAAUCAGAAUUUCACUAGUCUGUUUACACUCUGUCCUCAAACUGUGACUAAGGACUGUUUCAAUUAGAGGGUUGGUGUAGGAAUGAUAAUGUAUAUGGGCUUUUGUCACGGAGACACUAAGUGGAGCUGUCAAACCAGAACGGAAAUAGGCCUAUGGCCCAUCCUGCCUUAAGGUUCUAACCACAAGCAAGCUGCCUCUGUAGGCUAUGUAACAUUCAUCAAUUUUCCAGUGUUUAAAAAUAUAACACACUGUAUUCAAACUUAUGUUCAAAUAAUAUUUUUUUUCUAAAUAGAUGUUUACACUGUAUUGAGGGAAAAUCGUAUUCACCUUAACAAAUAGGCCUCCUGCUGUUUGUUUUUAUCUUAAAGGGUUCAGUCCUGUGAAAUUUCUAGUAGUGGCACUGAUAUACAAUAAAACAGAAGCAUUA